AUGUCAGACCAAACUCCAGCCCAAGAAGAGUUCGCCUCUUUCCUAGCCAAGAACUCCUCAACCAAGUACAGCUCUCACCCCGAGGACCGAGACGACUACCACGACUCCAAGGCGUUCCACUCGGACGACGCACUAGACAGCGAGGACGAAGACGAAGAAGACCGCUUCCGCAACGCGCAGAUCGAAGCAGCCAUGCGCAUGCCCACCAUGGAUUCGCGGACCGAGAUCCGGCUGCCGCCGGCCGGGUUCGAUGCCGGCGCCGCCACGGGCGUCAAAGGCGUGAUCGCGGACGCCCGAGCAUAUGAGACCGCCAAGCGCAGCGCCAAGUGGAAGAACAGGGUCAAAAGCGCGCGGAGGAGCGUGUUUGGCGGCGGCGACGCAUCCCCAUCACACCAGCAGAAGAGCGGAAGCAGGCAGUACAGCGACGGUGCGGGAAGCAGUGGGCUGGACAGCGAUUUCGGCAGUGAUGCCGGGCUGGAUAGCAUGGACGAGGACGAGAAGGAGUUUUUGGACAAGUGGAGGGAGAGCCGGCGGCGUGAGCUGGAGAAGAGCAGCAUGAAUCCGGCUUCGAGACAGAGAAGGACGAGCCCCAGCUCGAGGCUGUUUGGUCGGCUGGAUAACGUGGAUGCGAUGGGGUAUUUGGAUGCUAUUGAGAAGGUUGGGCCAGAGACGGCGGUGGUGGUGUUUGUUUAUGACCAUGAGUGCCCCGUCUCGGCAGCAAUCGAGAUCGCCCUCCGACCAAUCGUUCAUUCUCACCCCGCCAUCCAUUUCGUCAAGGUCCACUACGCCGAGAUGGAGUUCGACAACGCAGCCGUCCCGUCUAUCCUCGCGUACCGCAACCAGGGAGACCUCUUUGCGAACCUUACCGGGCUGAUCGAGAUGAUUCCGGACGACGAGGAUUUCGACAGUGACACGCUCAAAAGGCUGUUCGAGAGGCACGGCAUAUUACGGAGCCAAAGGGGAGAGCCUGCUGGAUGGUGA